AUGGAGAGGGAAAUCAGUCCGCCGCCCACCAAGCGACGAAGACAGGAUGAACGAGACAAGGGCGAGGGCUUCAGCCAGUUAGAAGUCACUUCCCCGUCAGGCAUGCGUUACAUCCGCAUUUUCACAUGGAACGUCAACGGAGUCCAUUCAUUUCUCCCCUCGUCGACAACUCCGAUCACAUCAUUCUUCAAGCCAGUUCCGAGGCAGCUGAAGCGGGCUACUGAUGGGGAACCACCCGACAAAACCUCGGGGCCCCGCAAAGCCCCUUUAGUUGGAAGCCCCCUCCGCGCGUUUCUGUCCAGGCACGACUGGCCGGAGGUGCUGUUCCUCCAAGAACUCAAGAUCAAUCGGCAGGACCAGAAGACACCAACAGCUCUGCUGUCGGCCCUCAACACACCUCUCGGCUCAAAUGACCAAGGCACGGCAGGCUCGAGGUACACACUCGACGUCAACCUCCCUAGAGACAAGUUCAACGCCCGGGGUUUUGGUGGGAAGCUCUACGGCGUGGGGACCAUUUUGCGCGAGGACUUUGCCAGCCAGCAUGUUGCCACUGUCCGUCACGCAGAGUGGGACCUGGAAGGGCGAGUUAGCAUCGUCGAACUUCAGCGUCCGUCGGAUGGCUGCCUCGAAAGGGACACUGAGUCUGAUGAGCACAGAGAGAGGGAUCAAUUACGCACAUUGGCACUCAUCAACGUGUAUGCCGUAAACGGAACAUCUGCACCCUACCGCUCGUCGGAGAAUGGCCAGACUGUGGGCACACGUCACGAACUCAAGAUAUCAUUUCACUCCAAGCUUCGAGAUGAGUGCCUGCAGCUCGAGAAGCGCGGCUUUGAUGUUGUGGUCGCGGGAGACCUGAACGUCGCUCGGGGCCAACUGGACGGCCAUCCAAACCUACGGACCUGGCCGAAGCAGCAUUGCGUAAACAGGGCAGAUUUCAACACGAAACUCUUCGGCAAAGACGAUAACAGACGCGCCGAUGCGUACGUGGGCGGCGAUGACGUGAAAAGUGGGGAGAUCAGCUUCCAAGGGGUCGAUGUCUUCCGAGCUCUCCGUGGCAAGGAGCGGAAGUAUACGUACCACCCGAGGGGAGACGACGAAUGGGGGUCAAGUUGUGACCGUGUCGAUCUGAUCAUCGCAUCAAAGAGUGUCUAUGAAAAUGGGGGAAUUGACGACACGGGCAUCCUCGACUCACCGCAAGAGCGGGGGACGAGCGACCACGUCCCGCUGUGGGUAAAAGUGAAGCUCGGUGGAAGCGACGAGCCCGGCGUCAAGAGAAGGAGUUAG